UUGCAGAGUUGUCAUGGCGUCUUCGGGACUGAAGCUUCUGCUGCAUUUGAGCUAAAAAAAAUAAUCUGUCGACAGUCUGUCAUUCGAAAUGGAGAAAAAUGCAAACCCGCAUCGAGACACCGGCGGGAGCUCUCUGUGUGCCCCGAUUGCGGGAGAGAUGGGCGAUGUUACGGCUGUCGGCGUAGUGAAGGGAACAUCCGAGAAAUGCAAGAAUAGUGACGCUCCUCUCAGCACUUUGGUUAACGUUAGUUGCAAUAACAGCACCGCCAAUGUUAGUGCUCCCAGCCACGUUAAUGUCACGUCCAGCGCUGCGAAGCCUGGCGUUUCGGAAGUGCUCCCGCUCCAGGAGGGUAAGAGGAACGACUCCAAAACGAGCGGCUCGGGGUUCGGGGAUGAGAUCAGUAACGGGAUGGGGCAUGACUCGAUGCUGGCUGCAGAAGAUAGCGAGGGUGGCGCCUCGAAGUUAGUAAACAACGAAACGGAUAGCCCGUCCGCACGCCUCGCCAAGGAAGGCGCGCAUGCACAGGCUGAGGUUCUGGCCCGUGGAGAAAGUGAACCGACGCGACUUGCCAAACCGACCCAGCUGUGUCCGGACAAAGCGAUCGGCGCGGACGUCCAACCCGGGCUGUCCGGCGAUCGCACCUUGUCGGAGGGAUUGCCGAGUGGGAGUGACCCCGAUCCCAGCCUCGGUGGAGAGUCCAGAAGCAUAGAUUCACUCGAGUCCUUCUCCAACCUCAACUCCUGCCCCAGCUCCGACCUGAACAGCGAGGGGCUGGAGGACAGAGGACUGGCCCUGGCCCUGCAGGGCGAGCACGGGGCUGAUGGGACAAAGAGCGCGAGCGCAAAGGACCGAGCCGCCGGCCAGCCCAUAUACCACAUUAAGUGGAUCAAGUGGAGGGAGGAGAAUACUCCGAUCAUCACCCAAAACGAGAAUGGCCCCUGUCCAUUACUGGCAAUUAUGAAUGUCCUUCUGCUUGCAUGGAAGGUUAAGAUGCCGCCUAUGAUGGAAAUUAUAACUGUUGAGCAACUGAUGGAGUAUCUUGGUGACUACAUUCUUGAAACCAAGCCUAAAGAAAUAACAGAGGCUCAGCGGCUAAACUAUGAGCAGAACAUGAGUGAUGCCAUGGCUGUGUUGCACAAGCUGCAGACAGGUCUGGAUGUGAACGUCAAGUUCACAGGGGUGCGAGUCUUCGAGUACACCCCAGAAUGCAUUGUGUUUGAUCUGCUCGACAUCCCUCUCUACCACGGCUGGCUGGUUGACCCACAGAUGCACGAUACUGUGAAGGCAGUGGGCAACUGCAGCUACAACCAGCUGGUAGAGAAGAUAAUAUCAUGCAAACAGUCGGACAACAGCGAGCUGGCAGGGGAAGGCAUCGUGGCGGAGCAGUUUCUGAACAGCACAGCCACUCAGCUUACGUACCACGGCUUAUGUGAGCUCACGUCCACCGUGCAGGAGGGAGAGCUCUGUGUCUUCUUCAGGAAUAACCACUUUAGCACCAUGAUUAAAUACAAGGGCCAGCUGUACCUCCUAGUUACAGACCAAGGUUUCCUUACGGAGGAGAAGGUCGUCUGGGAAAGUCUGCACAAUGUCGACGGAGACGGCAACUUCUGUGACUCAGAUUUCCGGUUGCGGCCUCCUUCUGAUCCAGAGACUGUUUACCGCGGCCAGCAGGAUCAGAUAGACCAGGACUACCUGAUGGCGCUGUCGCUGCAGCAGGAGCAGCAAAGUCAGGACCUGCAGUGGGAACAGCUCCCCGAGGGCAUCAGCGACCUGGAGCUGGCCAAAAAACUUCAGGAGGAGGAGGACCGGCGAGCCUCCCAGUACUACCAGGAGCAGGAGCAGGAGCAAGCGGCGGCAGCGGCGGCAGCAGCAGCAGCAGCACAGCAGGGCCAGCCGGGGCCGGCCGAGGGAGACGAGCCGGGCAGAGGAGGCGCAGGAGCAGGCGGAGCACCGGCCGGCGCUGGGACGGCGGCGGCUGCUGGAGCCACACCCAGCCCGGGAAAACAGUCCUCGAGCGGGGAGCGCAAAGCAAAGAAGGAAUCCAAGGAUAAAGACAAAUGUGUUAUUUUGUAACAUAUAGUGUGUAUCUGUGCGUGUGUGCGUUUUUGUGCAUUUUGCUUAUCCGUGAGAAAGGGGACAGCAUUUGUCCCCGCCCCCCCCCCCCACCCCCCCCUAACGCAAACAAGGUAAGGAGACGUUCAGUGGAGGCACGCAAAAAGACUACGGGAGGGUUUGCUGUUCCCAAGCCGCUGGUGCCUGCUAUCCUCUUUCCUCAGUGGAACCUGUACAUCAGAGGAAGGGACACUACCAUGACAACCAUCGCUAUCUUUCAUAGUUCGCCAAACUUUGUUACGAGUUGCACAGUGCACUAUAUUUGUGAUGUGUGGUCAGGUUCAUUUGAGGUGGUGUAUUUUAUAGCAAAAGACAUGAUCUGGAGAAAGAAGGAAAGUUCACCCUCUCACCAUUGUUUAUUUUUUUUCUCCGCGAAAAGAAGAUGGAUUUGUCGUUAGUGAAGCUCACAAGAGUUUUUGUAUGUAUCAAUAGUUUCUAGACAGAUGUGCAUUUUAUUAUUUAUGCCAAGAUUCACAUUUUAUUUAUGCAUCCGUUUAGUAGGUAGCUUCCCGGCGUCUUUAAGCUGAGGAUGGAUUUACCUAUCGUUUUGCGUGUAGGAAAUCAUUAAACACUAUUUGUGUCCCACUAUGUACCUGAAGGUGAAUUAAUGCCAGAUACUGUAGCUCCGGAACAAUACUCAUCACUGCUUGUCCUGUUCAGAUUUGCCUUACCAGAGUGUGGUGGUGUUGUAUUCUGGUCUGUUUGAAUGUGAAUGUGUGGUUGUUUUCAUGUAUGUGUGUGUGUGGUGUGCGCUGUACAGGUGGGGUAUAAAUCAAUGUGCUCUAUACGUCUCGCAUUUACUGAGCAUCGGUAACAAGGAAAUGGGCAAAUCUUUUUCUGCUGUCUUAAUUCAGCUACACAUUCAUCUGGUCUUUUAUGUUGAGGUUUCAGACAGCCAAACGGAGAAUAGGGUCUGAAGUGGAUUCUGCUUUUAGCAGAUUAGACAUGGUAGUUCUGAAGAGCCUUUUCCAUCUCAAUCUCUUCUUGCAGCUUCCUGAAAAGCUGCAGUGUGCUUUUAAGCGUGCACGCACAAUCAUGAUCUCCUCUGUUCAGUCUGGGUUUGAAAAAGAUAAGACAGCAGGAUUCUGUAAUUGCAUGUAUUCUUCCUCAAAUCAUUAAAUGUUAAAUUACAUUUUGGGAACACAAACUUUUUGUCACAAUCCAGAAUCCAACCACUCAAAUGUCUCACAGGGAGAUCCACAUAAUUACUCCACUUGAUGAUGUUGGUAACCUGCUCCUGCUCUUCAACCACAGUUCAAUCCUCUUCUAGCCUCUUUGAGUAGAAAUUCACAAUAUUUAAAUUCAGAUUUGUUAUUUGUUGGAAAUAAGGCCUAGUAAUAAAAGUUCACACGUUGAACUGUCCCGGGCCGUAGGACAUAUAUUUGGAAUUGCGUGGUGUUACCUUCUGUGUACAUUUCACUGCAGUGUGCAAACACGUGAUGUAUGUAUUUGCCUGUUGCAUUCUUCUAAUGGAUUUAGCGAGUGGUUUGUGCCAUUAUUGUGCCGUGGGACUGCCUCCAGAGAAACUUUUCUAUCUACACAUUCCAAGUGGAUGCCUUGACUCAAGCCUUUCUGUUACAGAAUGAGGGAGACAGUUGUCAUAGGAGGUCUUCGCAGUGCUUGUUAAGCAGUCUUUAUGAUGGAAGAUAGCACAGAGGCCCCCUCCUGUGUGGGAACCCUUUCUCAAGGGCUUCAUGUUUGUUUGGCCCUAACAAGUCAAUGUUUUGUACAUAUGAAACGCCUUACAACAUUUCAACAUAUUUUAUAGAACGAAAGCAAAACAGGCGCGUUACCAGGCCGAGACAAUCCACGCGUUUUUCACCCCCCGGAUGUACGCUCAGGCCUUUUGCAAAGGGACACAUCCUCCAGUGUCUUUCAUGUAAUGACAGUUUCUUUCUCAGCCACAUUCUCCAGUGUCUGCUUAUGUGUAAACACAACUACUCAGAAACCUUGAAGGACCUUAUAUUAUUUAAGACCCUCAUUGUUUAACUUAACACCUAAAAUAAGAAUUAAGCUGCUCUUGUGUUAACGUGGACUACCUGGUAGGAAUAAAAACCUAGGACAGGGUCAAGAAAUUUUGUUAAUCAUGUAGACUUUUUAUUGACUCUUUUUGCUUUUUUUUAAUGCAGCUUAAGUAAAUAGCACAUUUACUCAUAAGGUGAACGCAUAAAGGCAGAGGGGAAGCUUUGGGCAGCAUUGUGCUAUUUUUUGUCUGUUUAUAUCCGUUAAGUGAACAUGCUGAUUAAACAUUGCAGUGGAAGUUUAAGAGAUCUAACUUAUACUUCUGUCUGUUUGAAGAUAAAACCUUUUAAGUUGGUUGGUAUGAAUGAAGACUGAAAUGCCAUAUAUUAUUUCAGAUUUACCACUGCAUUUGCUUGCUAUACCUAGCCAUUACUAUCAGAAUUUGAUAUUUUGUUGUAAUGUGUUAGUUCCACCCUUGUUCCUAAGACGGACCAGAAGGGAUCAGAAGGAUAUUGUGUGUACAGUGUCUCAAAGUGUGUUUUAUUGUAUGCCUUGUAAAAGUGACGGUGGGGUAAAUGCUGUUAAAGUAGUGUUUUGACAAGGUGGUUGUUUAACAAAUAGUCGUUGUAAUUGGUUUUGCACUGUUACAUUGAUAUGCACUAACACAAGAGAAACAUACCUCAUUUUAUACAGAACAUAAAUUGUGCAGUGCUAUUGUCCUUUGGGUACCUUUAAAAAAAAAAUAGCCCAAAUACUUAUUUCAACAUGGUAGUGGUAUGUUAAACCAGCUGAAUAAUAACCAUUUUUAAACCUAUAAAAGGGCUGUAAACAUUUUGGGGCUUAAAGUUAAAUUACUUUUGUUAAAAUAUAGUAUUGCUUCUAUAAAACGUACUGCAAUUUGAUAUAUUCAGGUUAAAGGUAAAUCUAUAACAGACUAAAGGCUACCAGGCCUGAGUACCAGCACACAACUCAUAGAUGACAAGGAAGAGUUACAACAAAUCAUAGAUGGAUAGUCAUUUGUGUGGAACAGAAGCAGUUUUUCUACAAAUAAUGAUAAUGGUACCAGACUCAAUCAGCAAAAAAUGUGUGUGCCCACUCAUGAGUACGGUAGUUUUUUUUUCCAGUCACAAAUCCAUCAUCUAAUUACAAACUUUUAAACAAACAAGCAAACAUGGACAAAAACAGGUAGAUGGAAAAGCAGCUUGCUUAGACUGGAGAGGGUCAUCUAUGUGGCAGAGGGAAAUGUUUAUUCUUACUGAACAAUCUAAAGGGAGACAAUUUCUUUAAUGCGACGUCAAACUCCCCCGUUUGUACUUUGUGGUGCAUGUAUAGUGUUAACUCAAAGGUUAGGCAGAGUAAAAUUAACUACCCCGAGAACACCAUUUCGACUGUAUGGCCCACAUGAAACAUACAAGCAAAAGGAAGGUGUUAUGGUGUGAAUAUGGGAGAUUACUCCAUUGUGUUCAUUUCAAUGUUCAUUAAUUUACAUAAAUGACCAAAUAAUGUAUGUAGCCUUUCACAGCACAGUCACAUCAAAUAUAUGGUGAUUAUAUAUUAUAUUAUAUUAUAUAAAAUAACAAUGCCUUAUAGAUGAGGGACAUUCAACUUGAUUAAAAGUACCAGGAUAAUAAAAGACUACGAUCAACA